AUGCCGGUUACAAAACGAAGAAAACUGUCGCAUACGCCUUCAGAGCCUGGAACAAGCGAUGACUCUUCCAGCUCAGAGGCACCUCCACCCACUUCCCGCAACAAAGAGUCAGCUGACAGCAACGGCCAUGAAGCUGUAGACGGCGAAACGGUAACCGCUGCCAAAUCAUUCCGAGAGCUAGGGAUCAUCGAGCCGCUAUGUGAAGCUUGUGAAUCACUGGGCUACAAGGCUCCGACACAAAUUCAAGCCGAGUCGAUUCCCCUAGCACUACAGGGACGUGAUUUAAUUGGGCUGGCGGAGACAGGCAGUGGUAAAACAGCCGCGUUUGCGCUGCCUAUCUUGCAAGCUCUUAUGGAUAAGCCUCAAUCAAUGUUUAGUCUUGUCUUAGCCCCAACUCGCGAGUUGGCAUAUCAGAUAUCCCAGCAAUUCGAGGCCCUGGGCUCUCUUAUCUCCGUCCGCUGCGCUGUCAUUGUUGGAGGAAUGGAUAUGGUCUCCCAGUCAAUUGCUCUUGGAAAAAAGCCUCAUAUCAUCGUUGCUACUCCAGGGCGCCUUUUGGAUCACCUAGAAAACACCAAGGGCUUCUCACUUCGGAGCCUCAAAUAUCUAGUCAUGGACGAGGCUGACCGUCUCCUGGACCUGGAUUUUGGCCCUAUACUUGACAAGAUUUUGAAAGUACUUCCCAAAGAACGACGUACCUACUUGUUUUCGGCAACAAUGAGCUCAAAGGUCGAAUCCCUCCAACGCGCAUCCCUCUCUAACCCGCUUCGCAUUUCAAUAUCUUCAAACAAAUAUCAGACUGUUUCAACUCUUUUACAAAAACUGCUAAUUUUACCCCUCAAGUAUAAGGAUCUUUAUCUUGUGCAUCUCCUUAAUGAAUACCCCGGGCAAUCUGUGAUCAUCUUCACACGUACUGUGAACGAAACCCAACGUCUUGCUAUCCUCCUUCGCUCCCUUGGAUUCGGUGCUAUUCCUAUACAUGGCCAGCUCUCGCAAUCUGCCCGCCUCGGGGCACUAGGAAAAUUUCGUUCCCGUAGCCGGAACAUUCUGGUAGCCACCGACGUCGCGGCGCGUGGCCUAGAUAUUCCAUCUGUGGAUAUGGUUCUGAACUAUGAUCUCCCUUCCGAUAGCAAAACGUAUAUCCACCGCGUGGGCCGGACGGCUCGAGCAGGCAAAAGUGGGCGUGCAUUCAAUUUGGUUACCCAAUACGACUUCGAGCUAUGGCAGCGCAUUGAGACUGCACUGGGUAAAAAGUUGGAUGUAUAUGACCCUGUAAAGGAAGAAGUUAUGGUGCUCAGCGACAGGGUUGGUGAAGCUCAACGUCAUGCAAUUACUGAAAUGAAAGACUUGCAUGAGAAUAGGGGGAAGAAAGGUGCCACUCUGCGAAACAGAAGAGGCGGUGCAAAGAGAAGCCGAGAUGAAAUGGAUCGCGAAGAAGGGUAA